AUGAAUAAAAUAAUUUGGUUGUGCCUUGUUCUAAUAUUUGAAAUAAUAGGAUAUAAUGGUUUAGAAGUAUAUAUAAAAAUGAAAGGAAAGAAAUUAAAAUGUAUAAAAGAAAGAAUAAAUAAAGAUACAUUAGUUAUUAGUAAAUUCAAAACAAAUCAUAAAAAUGCACUAGUAUCUAUAUAUAUUUAUGAUGUUGAUGUGAAUGAAAAAAAUUUCCAUACACAACCUAAAUUACCUAUAUUUGAAACUGUAAAUAAACAUGAUAUAAAAACAGCAUUUACAACAUUCUAUUCAUCAUCAUAUUCUUUUUGUGCUUACAAUAAUUCAGAUAAACUUAUAGAAGUUUAUUUUGAAAUCAAAUAUGGAACUGAAGCUAGAGAUUAUGCACAGGUAGCUAAAACUGAACAUUUAAAUCAAGGUACUUUAUAUUUAAAACAAAUAUUAGAUCAAAUGAAUAUUUUCCAUGUUAAUCUUAAAAGAAUAAGAUCAGAUGAAGAAAAAGAAAAACAUGCUCAUGAUAAAUUGAAUGAUACUUUAUUGUGGUUCUCUUUUAUUAAUAUUAUUAUUAUUGUCAUAGCUGCCAUUGUUCAGGACUUUUAUUUCAAAAAAUUUUUCACCUCAAAAAAGAUUAUAUGA